CCCUCUAGUAUCCCCGGCUCACGUUAGGCUCCUCUCAUUCCCUUGGAUAAUAAGUCCAUUGGUUGAGUUAACGGUAACGGAAAACAAAAUCGAAUGAGAGUGGUCGUUAAGAUACCAGUCUUCUUCUUCUUCUUCGCUGUUUGGCUUCUCGGAAAAUUCUCCUCAAGGGAUGCUGGGGCUUUCCUUUCUUUUCUUCCUCCCACUCCCUAGGUAGCUGAAGAGAAGAACGAAGGCAUGGGAAUGGAUAACAAUGUUGUUGAUGAUACUGAUAUGAAUGGAAAGGGCAUGGAAGAACUAGAGUGUGCUGUUAAAGUUUUACUAAGCUUAGAUUUGGACCUGGCCUAUUCUUCUGAGAAGUUGGUAAAUUUGCACGUGCUUUUAAUGCAAGUUUGGGCUCGGGAAAAUGUUUUUGAAGCAAUGGCAAUGGAAAAAGACCAUAUCUCAGCAGACUCCGUUGAGAAGGCAUUGGUAUUUGAUCUCUUAUCUGGUAUUUUAGAUUCAGAGGUAAGAGAGAUAGAAAAUUUCAUGGAUACUCUCCAAGCAGAGAUUGUUGAUGCCCAUAAAAAAAUAUAUUCGUGCAGUCACUUGAGAGAAUUAUUCAAUGUAAUGGAAGAGAAGUUGAUUGAUUGUGAAGAAUCUUUGAAGCAGUCCCAAGAGCAGGUUCUGAAGAUGAACACACAGUUAGCCAAGUUUCAGAGGGUCUUUUUAGAAUUUGAAUAUCAAAAUGGGAAAAAUGAUGAGAAUAUUGAUUCAAGAGAGAAUGGUCAACUUUCAAACAUAAAUUUGAAGUUGAAAAUGCCAGCAGUCAGACAACAAAGACAUAUUCUAAGGGUCCUAGAUAAAUCUCUUGAACGAGAGCUUGAUCUUGAGAAGAAGUUAUUGGAGAUAAGACAGAGUGAAGAAGAGCUGAAACUAAAAAUGCACUUAACUGAGCAGGUAGGUUUCUACAUGGAAGAAGCAGCAGGGGCUAUUUAUGGAAGGUUUUUAGAGGCAGAAAAUUUAGCUGAAGUGCUAAUGGGGAUUUCAAAGGAGUUAGUAGGUCGGCUUCAGAUUGCUCAAUUCAACCUGAAUGGCUCAAUCCAACGAGAAGCUGAGGCUAAAUAUAAACUUCUUGAUUGCAUGGAACAACUGAAAGCCAAAGAAACUGCUUCACAAAGGCUUGAGAAGAUCAAUUCUGAACCUUGUGUUUCUCAAAGAGAACAAACAACCAGUAUAAAAGUCAAUUUUGAUGAAUCUGAAGUGUUUACUUUGAGAGAAAAGAUUCAAUUGCUUGAAGAACAGCUGAAAGAAUCUGAGUUACAACUGAAGAAUGCGCAUGCAUCCAAUGAAGCUAUGCAAGAACAAUUGAGUGGAAUGGACAAUCUAAUUGAAUCUCUAAAAGAAGGUAUUCUUAAGGCAGAAAGCAAGGCUGAAAGUGCAGAAGGCAAGCUUACACUGUUAACGGAGACAAACCUGGAACUCACUGAAGAGAUGGGUUUUCUUAAAGAUAGUACAACCGAGAAAGCGGGCUCGCUUGAGAAGCAAUUGAGGGACUUACAAAUCCAACUGCAGCAUGCCAAAGCCUCCUCUGAAGCUAGUCAAGAGCAGCAGAAUAUGUUAUAUUCUGCAAUUUGGGAUAUGGAAACUUUAAUUGAGGAACUGAAAUCAAAAGUUUCAAAAGCUGAAAGUAAGACUGAGAAUGCAGAGGAACAGUGUAUCUUAUUAACUGAAACUAACUUCGAACUUAACAAAGAACUUGGUUUCCUAAGGGAUAAAAUGGAUUGCCUUGAGAAAACUCUGCAUCAAGUUAAGUGUGAAAAAACAGCAAGUGCAGAAGACAUUAGUAUUAGGACUAGACUUAUCAUGGAUAUGGUCAUGCAACUAGCCUUUGAAAGAGAGCGCAUCCAGAAGCAGUUGUACUCUCUAACAGAAGAUAAUAGAAUUUUGGUGGAGAAGAUACAGAAAGCUAAAAACAAUGCUUCUGUAAUUAUGUACGGCAAUGGAGAUGGUGAAGAGAAAGACUUUCUGUUUGUCAAGCAUAAUUCAGCUACUGCUACUCAGGCAAAAACAUUCAAGGAAACAGUGACAGAGCCCUUGCCAAAAUCCCAGGUGGAUGAACCAUCAAAAGAUUCACCUGAACCUGAGACUGAAGUAGAGACUUCUGUGUCUGCCAAAGAUGCUGCAAAUGUGGUCUCAGAUGUGGUCAGGGAAAGACGGCUUAACCUAAUCUACAUUUUUGUGGCAGUUCUUGUCUGUCUUAUUCCAGUGGCAACCAUAUAUUUGUUCAACAAGAAGCUCAUCAUGGACGAUGUUUUUAACGGUUAACCUCUGAUUACCUCAUUGCUGGGUUUGUUUGCAUUUCAUUUGCUCAUGUUGUGUCCUGCAAGAAAGUGUCUGUACCAUUUUACAGUUGUGAGUGUGGCCUUCAUCAAGUUUCUUCACCUCCUAAUUUGUUGUCAACAUAUUUUUUUUAAAGAUUGCAUCUUUUGUGGAAUGCAAAAUUUUGUACAUAAUGUAGUAAUUAUUUCUUGCUAACUGCAAUAGAUAAUCAUGUAACAGAGUGGUUAUAAUUUUUGAAGGAGGUGAUGAAUGUCAAUGCAGAAGUGAGAAGAAUUUUGGUUGUUA